AUGGCUUCCUCCACCGUCGAUCCCGCACUCAUGACCCUCCAAAACCUCUACGCCAACAAGGACAAAGACAACUUCGAAGAACAAAUGAUCUACGUCUCAAAGACUCUCAUGCCCAGACUUAUCAGAAACUUGCCUCCCCAAAUGGGAAUCUCAGAGAAUAUGACUACACCUGUCAAGUUCUUGGAUAGUGCUUGUGGGUCUGGUGUUUUGACGGAUGCUGUUCAGAAGAUCCUGUCUAAGGAUGUUCUUGAGAAGAGUACCUUUUUGAUGGCUGACGUUGGGGAUGGAAUGCUUGGUGUUGCGAAGAAGAGACAUGGCACUGAGGGUUGGGUUAAUGCUGAGAUUAAGAAGUUGGACGCUACAAACACAGGGCUGCCAGAGAACUCGUUUACGCAUGUUGGUCUCGGUCUAGCACUUCACGUUAUUCCCAAGCCUGAUGCUGUGCUUGCUGACUGCAAACGCAUCCUCCAACCAGGCGGCAUCUUCGGCGCAACAACAUUCCACUCAGAAAACACAUUCUGGUACCCUGAUAUCCGUACAGCCUUUGAAUCCUUCCCCUUCCCAGCGCCUCUGCCAGACGUAGCGCCCAUGCAAAUGCACGAUCAAGGCGACUGGACAUCACCCGCCUGGAUCGAGAAUCAUCUCGAAGAACAAGGCUUCCAGGAUGUUAAAGUUACUGUUGAUCACGACAAGUACUACUUGAGAAGUGCGGAAGAGUAUGUGUUGCAGGUUGGGAUGAUGAUGGGGUGGUUGAUGAAUGCUUAUUGGAGUGAGGAGGUUAGACGGGAACAUGAUGUGAAUGAGGUUAAGGAGUUGGUUAGGAAGCAUUUGGAGGAGAAGUAUCAGGGCAAGGGGUGGGAGAUUGAGUACAAGGUGAUUGUUAUGACUGGAAGGGUUGAGUAG